AUGUCGGUGGCGUCGAAAAACCCGUUUGCUCUUCUCGAUGAAGGCGCGGAAUCCCGCCCUUCUUCGCCCGCUCCUGCCACCAAAGCGCCUGCUCCCCCUGCGCCUGCGCCUGCAAGGGAUAACAAAAGAUCGACCCAGAAAGGUCCCCGUGGUGGUCAAUAUUACCCGCGCGGCGGUGCUAAAGGCUCUGGUGCUCGUGGUGAUGGUAAUCCCAACCAGAAUGGCGUCGAAGAGGCUGAAUCUGCCCCAAAGAAGUUCGACGGUAGUCGUGGCCGCGGACGUGGCGGAAGAGGUCGCGGAGGAGCACGCGGAGGCCGCCCUGAUCGUCACUCCCAGACCGGCAAAACUGACAGUGAGAAGAAGAUUCACCAAGGAUGGGGAGGCGACGAGGGUAAAUCCGAGCUGCAGGUCGAGACUGAAGCUACUGUCGACGCCGCGGCCGAACAAGCUGGCGCCGAUGCAUGGGGUGCCACAGGCGGCAAUGCUUCGGCGUGGGAUACCCCCGCCGGUGAGGCUGCACCCGUUGCUGCCACUGAGGACAAGCCUGAGCGUGAAAACCGUCGCAGGGAGGAGGAAGAGGAAGACAACACGUUGACCUUCGAUCAGUACCUCGCUCAGAAGAAAGAGAAUGACGCUCUCCCCAAGCCCCAGGUUCGUCAGGCUAAUGAGGGCGCUGACGGUGACAUCUGGAAGGAUUCUGUCGCCCUCCAGAAAGAUGAAGAUGCCUACUUCGUUGGCAAGAACAAGACUACUGCUCCCAAAACCCGAGUCAAGAAGGAGGAUAAGGUUUUCAUUGAGAUUGAGGCACGAUUUGACCGUCCUUCUCGUGGUGGCAGAGGUCGUGGUGAUGGACGAGGAGGUAGAGGUCGUGGUGAAGGUCGUGGUGAGGGGAGACGUGGAGGUGCGCGCGGUGGACGUCAAAACAAUGGUCCCACCCCUGCUACCAUCAACGUUGAUGAUGAAGCCGCCUUCCCGUCCUUGUCUUGA